GGGUGAUCCGACCCCUGUCGAACAUGAACCGGUUAGUUAACAUUUAACGAAUUAAAAAGUCUCCCAAGUCUCUCUGUUUGGGUUUUGGCUCCCCCUUCACUCUCAAAGCUGUGUAUCUAUACAUCUAUCUAUCUCUGCUCCGCUGCUGCUACAUCCAAAUUCCUUCUUUUAAGCCCUAGCUAGAGCCUCUCUCCCAAUCGCCAUGAAUUGCUCUAUCUCCGGUGAAGUCCCGGUUGAACCAGUAGUUUCAAAGAAGUCCGGACUUCUCUAUGAGAGGAAAUUAAUCGAGCGCCACGUUUUAGAUUAUGGAAAAUGUCCUGUUACCGGGGAGCCUCUAGUAAUGGAAGACCUUGUACCCAUCAAAGUUUCCAAGAUUGUAAAGCCAAGACCAGUACAGGCUGCAAGCAUUCCUGGGAUGCUGGGGAUGUUCCAGAUUGAAUGGGAUGGCCUGAUGUUAUCAAACUUCGCAUUGGAGAAGCAACUGCAUACAGCAAGGGAGGAGCUUAGCCAUGCUCUUUACCAGCAUGAUGCCGCCUGUCGUGUAAUUGCUAGACUGAAGAAAGAAAGAGAUGAAGCAAGGUCAUUAUUAGCACAGGCAGAAAGACAGAUACCCAUGUCCAUGUCUACUGCAAUCCCUGAAAAUGGUUCUGCUUUAAGCAAUGGAAAAAGAGCUGCUGAGGAUGAUGAAUUGGGCCCUGAUGGGAAGAAAUUAAGACCAGGAAUCUCUUCCAAAAUUAUUGAAGAGUUAACUGAUUGCAAUGCAGCACUUUCACAGCAACGGAAAAGGCGGCAGAUAUCUUCAUCAUUGGCUCUGGUUGAUGCUGUGGAGCGAUACACCCAACUUCAUAGUUAUCCUCUUCACAGAACUAACAAACCUGGGAUAUUAUCUGUGGACAUUCAUAAUUCCAAGGAUAUUAUUGCUACUGGUGGGGUUGAUACAAAUGCCGUAGUGUUUAAUAGAACUUCAGGGGAGAUUCUAUCUACACUCAGUGGUCACUCGAAAAAGGUGACAAGUGUAAGGUUUGUAGCUGAUGGUGAACUUGUAGUUACUGGCUCAGCUGAUAAGACGGUACGUGUAUGGCAAGGGUCAGAGAGUGGAAAUUACGAUUGUCGACACAUCUUAAAGGAUCACACUGCCGAGGUGCAAGCUGUCACCGUCCAUGCCACUAACAACUACUUUGUGACAGCCUCUCUUGACAGCACAUGGUGCUUUUAUGAUAUCACUUCCGGUUCUUGUCUAGCCCAGGUAUCUGAUACUACAAGCUCCGAUGGUUAUACAUCUGCCGCCUUCCAUCCUGAUGGUCUCAUCCUUGGAACAGGCACCUCUGGGGCUGUUGUUAAGAUUUGGGAUGUAAAAAGCCAAGCUAAUGUUGCGAGAUUUGAUGGUCACAUUGGGGCUGUAAAUGCCAUAUCUUUUUCGGAAAAUGGUUACUUCUUAGCUACUGCGGCUCAAGAUGGUGUGAAGCUGUGGGAUCUGCGUAAACUGAAGAAUUUUAGAACAUUUUCACCAUAUGAUGAAGAUACACCGACACAAUCAGUGGACUUUGACCACAGUGGAAGCUACCUUGCAAUUGGAGGCUCGGAUAUCAGAGUUUACCAAGUUGCCAAUGUGAAGUCUGAAUGGAAUUGUAUUAAAACAUUACCUGAUAUGUCUGGCACAGGCAAAGUUUCUUCUGUGAAAUUCGGUCCAGAUGCAAAAUAUAUAGCAGUUGGGUCAAUGGAUAGAAACCUCAGGAUUUUUGGAUUGCCAGGGGAAGAGGGUGAGACAGAAUCAUAAAAGAAUGCAUUAACUUUCACGCCUAUGAUCAGUCUUUUGUAGCAAGUCCUGCAUUAGUUCUGACUUUUGUAGCAAAUCCUGCAUUAUCUAAUGCUGCUCCAUCCAUAUCCAUUAUACUUAGCAAGUUGGAGAGUUGAUAUGCAGAACAUCUGCUUCCAAACAAUUAAGCUUUAAAUCUCUAGAUAUUUAUUGAAGUUGAUUUUUAGAUAUUGUAAAAUGUGAUAUUUACCAUAUAUAGACUAUCUUCUGCUGGACA